CCAUCUCCAAGCCAGAGGAUGGUCCAUCAGUCCACAAAAGAUACAAGGCCCGGGUCCAGCUGUAAAGUUCCUAGAGGUCACCUGGUCGGGGCCAGUGUAUUAUGAGACCACUUCAGCCCCCACUGUAGAGCUCCCACAAGAGAUGCCCUCAUCAGUGAAAGAAGGCACAGUUUCCGUUCCUGAAGAAGCGUGGUAUACGGACAGGUCUGGCUGAGUUUCUUGUUCCUGAUGCUGUUCCUCCCUGCUUGUGGAGAAGUGAAUUUUUUCCUACCCUGGGCUCAAAGUUAUGCCAACCGCUUACACAAAGACGUAUGCUGGAUCUAUGGUGUGUUGCCAUUCUCCAGCACAUCCAGCCUGUCAUGGUGGGUAUCAUCCGUACAACCUGAUUGGUUGGAAUUACAGGUACUUAUAAGGGCUCUUCAAAGCCGAAGCACCACAUUUAACACUGGGUUUACUAAAGAUUAUGCAUACAAUGGGCAUAUAAGUACCUCUUUUAAUGACACAGGACAUGGCAACCCUUUCUCUGUCAAUGCCCCGGAGAAACAGGUGAUUGUUCUUGAAACCUCUCAGUUACAAAAAACAAAAGUCAAGCUCCCUGCCAUCAAAUCCCAGAACUAUCGUUACAAGGAAGGUUCUUUGCAAAUCUGGGAUGGUUUCAUCUGGCUCACACCCACUGCAGGGUAUUUUAGCCAAGUUGCCCCAGUAUGCUGGGAACAAGCCAACCACACACGUGAUUCAUGGGCUAAUAGUACCAGAGAAAUGAGCUGGCUUCCUAGACAGCAAUAUGAAAAUGUCUUUACUCUCCAAACCAUGGACUGGUUUGCUACUGACUGGUCUCAGCGUUCUGGCAUUGCCUGGUUGGCACUGAAUGGAACAGAAUGGCUCUGUGGCUCCAACCUAUCACCAUGGCUGCCCCUGGACAGGCUUGGGCAAUGCACCCUAGGUUUUCCCUGGGUACAGAGACUGUGGACUAAAACAAUUACUAAACCUGUAAAUUACACACAUUUGGCUAGUAGAUGGACAAGAAGUGUUUUCCACUGGUAUGACCACCAGGCAACUAUAUCUGUGCUUUCCCUGGAUAUCGAAGAUACCACUUGUCAUACAGAAGCUUCAACUAAUUCCAUCCGACGUGAGGUGAACGACAGCUUCCAGAGCAUCUCUCUGACUAACACAGAAAUGGUUUACAUGAGGAAAGAUGUGCUACAAAAUUACAUGGCACUGGAUGUUUUAACACCUGCUCAAGGUGGGACUUAUGUCAUCAUUAAAACUCAAUGUUGUGCAUACGUUCCUGAGAACUCGGGCAAUGCCACCCUUGCUUUACAGUACACACAUCAGCAGAUAAGCAUCUUGUCAAACCCCGGGCUUUCUUUUUCCCAGUGGUUAUCAUCAUGGUUGGAGUCUUAGGAGAUAUGGUGACAAAAGUUAUUCUUUAUCUUUUGUUUUAUACUAGUUAUAAGCAUCCUAGCCUGCUGCUGCCUCUACUGUUGCUGCAGUCCCUGCCUGCAAGCUGAACAAAAAUUAAUAUAAUGUGUCACCCAGAGUGCCCCCUCUAAGGCUCGGGGAACAUUGUGGAAGAGGUGGGCACAUGAGAUUUUAAGAGCCAGACCUGAGGGGUGGAGUGUGAGGACAGAGUUGACUCUGUCUUGAAGCUAAUCCGCCAUCUUGACUCCUGGAAGAAGCCUGGACCCUGCUCCCCGCCCCUGGGUCUGUGAAUGUACACACGAACUCUAUGCUCUGCCUCUGGAGUGAGAUGCCAUUGACCUUAUUUGACUCUUAACCAGCUCUGGUGCCAGAGCCUCUCAGACCUGGUGAUCUCUUUCCCCUUUGAUUAAACACAAAUUCCUUUCCCAGCAUGUAGACUCAUUGCUUUUACUAUAAAACACAGAGUCUGGGGGUGGAAGGUGGAGAGGGUAUUCUUGUUGUCUUGCCACUGCCAAAGUUGUGCCUCAUAUGUAAAUUCCCUUAAUAAA